AUAUUGUUUUCAGAACAGUUAAUUUUGUGGCACUGUAUCCAAUAUGCAACGUAUCGACGAAUUUAAGUAUCAUUGUUAGGAGAGAUAGCCAUAGUUCUGAGCUAACCAGAGAAAGAAAUGGAAAAAUAUACCAAAAUAAGAAAGAUUGGAGAGGGUGCAUUUGGAAAAGCUAUCUUGGUCAGAAAAAAGAAUGAUGGGAAUCAAUUUGUUAUUAAAGAAAUCAAUAUACAAAAGAUGAGUCCAAAAGAAAGGCAAGAUUCUAAAAAAGAAGUUGCAGUACUGGCACAGUUGAAUCACCCUAACAUUGUGACAUACAGGGAGUCUUUUGAAGAAAUAGGAAGCCUAUACAUCGUUAUGGACUUCUGUGAGAAAGGUGAUCUCUAUAGUAAAAUUAAUGGUCAGAGAGGAAUCUUAUUUCCAGAGGAACAGGUUAUGGACUGGUUUGUUCAAAUCUGCCUUGCAAUAAAACACAUCCAUGACCGAAAAAUCUUACACAGAGACAUCAAAUCACAGAACAUCUUUUUGUCAGCUGAUGGAUCAGUAAAGUUAGGAGAUUUUGGAAUAGCCAAAGUCCUAGGAAGUACUGUUGAGUUAGCCAAAACAUGUAUAGGAACACCUUACUACCUGUCUCCAGAAAUUGUGGAAAACAGGCCUUAUAACAACAAAAGUGAUAUAUGGUCUUUAGGAUGUGUGCUGUAUGAAAUGGCAACAUUAAAGCAUGCUUUUGAAGCUGGGAACAUGAAAAAUUUAGUGUUAAAGAUUAUCAGAGGGUCAUACCCACCAAUAUCUCCGAAGUACAGCUAUGAUCUCCGAGGACUUAUUGCUCAGCUGUUUAAAAGGGCUCCAAAGGAGAGACCCUCUAUAAACUCAGUAUUAAAGAAGCCUUUUGUUCAGAAGAGGGUUUCAAAAUUCCUCCCAGAAGAUGUGAUUGCUGAUGAGUUCAGUCAUACUGUAAUGCAUGGACACAAACUGGCCAGGGAAUUACCCCCUCCCCCAAAAGCUUCCAAACCCCCAGCACCGAGGAAAGCAACUCCAGCCAAAACUCCCCGGUACAACCCAGCCAGUGUGUACGGAGCUCCACUUGUAAGGAAGUCACAAGAAAAAAGACAAUCAGCAGAUAAGAAGCGUCCAGGCAGUGGAGGCCCAUCCAGGCCAGGAAGUGCAGCCAGCAGGCCAGGAAGUGCUCAAGGCAUAAGGCCAUCUAACAGUAACCAGGAUUUAAGAAAGAAGAGACAAGAAUUACUGGAUAAAGAAAAGAAAAGGCAAGAAGAAAAGAUUGCUGCAGAAAAACGACAUAAAGAUCUAAUAGAGAAACAGAGGAUUGCACGUAUGAACAAAGCCAGAGAGGAGGGUUGGAAAAAUUUAAUGGGUUCUGUAGGAUCUGAUGAAGGAGAUAAGGACAAGAAUAAAGUCAAGGAGCAGCCCAAGGAACAAGUCAGGUGGCCUCCCCCUAAUCAGCCAGCAGGGGAAAAGGAAAGAGGAAAAUAUGACCAGUACCAUGCUUACUUGGACAAACUCCAGAAUGACCGAGAUCAGAGACAAAACAACCCAAAACCAGUAGGUAACAAUGCUGCAGCUUACAUGGCCGCACCAAGAGUAGUGGAUCCCUCUAAGGCGAUCCCCAACUGGAAACGACCGGGAGGCAAUGUUCCAGCACCCACCCCAGUUUACCAGCCACCAAACCCAAACAGGAAUAUGGGAAUGAACAACCAGGCAGAAGAGAGAGCUAAAAUUGUCCAGGACUUCGUACAGAGAAGAAAAGAGGCAGCACUUAAUAAAAAUAGGGGGCAGGCAGACAUCUUUGGAAAUGCUAGAUCCUACGACCCAACACCCCAGCAAAAUCCAGCAUACAACGAUCAACGACCAGGAUCUGCCCGGAACAGAGAGGAACAGGAGUAUUUAGAGAAGUUACGACAGAUCCGAGAGCACAAUUAUCAGGAGAGACGAAAUGUUAUGGGUAGAAAUAAAAAUGAGGAAGCUCAGGAACAAGCCAAGAAGGAUGCUGAACUACGAAGACAAAAGAUAGAGGCUCUCAGGCAACAAGCAGACGACAGGGCAAGGAUGUUGAGGGAACAGUUGGAUAAAGACAGAAAAGAGUUGUUUGAAAAGGAGAAACGUUUAAGAGAACUUGGCAAGCCACCAGUUCAAGCAAGACCAGGAAGGCCACUGCCCAUGCCCCCAAAGCCUCAGAUUGCCCCAGCACCUGCUGUCUCUGUGACCGGUGUCCUCAAUGCCAUUGGAGCGGAACCUCCCAAACCAAUUCCCAUGGAACCCACCAGUCCUGCAGGGAUGACAAGUGUUCUCAGUGCCAUAGGAGCUAAGCAAACUGACAACAAAGAAGAAGUUCAAAAAACCCCAGAUCAGCAGAAGAAAGAUGAUAUUUUAAAACGCCUAAAUGAAAAGGGACCACCCAAAGGUAAAUGGGGAAAACCAGAAAAGCCAGAAAUAGCUGAAGAAAAGUCACCACCGGAGUCUGCCAGGUCACAAUGGGGUCAAGGUGAUGGCGCCAACAUCUCCAACUUACCGCUGGAGCAGACGGCAUCUCAGAUGGAGGCUACAUCUGCCAGAGAUCAAGUUGUAAAGCAUCCCAUUUCUGAGGGUGGAGAUUCCAAACCACAACCACCAGAGAAGAAAUGGGGAGGCCCCAGUAAUACUUUGAUGCAAAUUCUGGAGGGUAGGCCAGGGGAAGAAGUUGUGGCUGAGGAUCCCAAAGGCAAGCCAAAGAUCCCAGAGAAAAAGAAAUGGGGUGGACCAAGCAACACAUUACUUAAUGCUCUAGAAAACAAACCUGUGGUGGCUGGAACACUUUCAGGGGGAUCAAGCGAGUCUGCCCCCAGUCCAGAGGCCACCACUUCUGCUGCACCCUCUGGGUCUGCCACCAUCACUCUAUCUAAACCCCCAGUGAUCCCCAUCAAACCAGGUACCAUCACCAUCAGUAAGCAGGGCCCCCCAAAAGAAGGGACAGCUAUAGGAGCUACCAUAACUGUUGAUAAACCGGUGAUUGUAAAGGGACAAGUAGUGCCCAGCUCAGAUGAAAAACCAGAUUCAUCCAAUCAAGAAUCAGAGAGUAAAACUGCCAAGGAGGAGAGUGACCAAUCAGAGAGCACUGAAAAAUCAAAUUCUGAGAUUGAUAAUCUCAGUGAAGAUCAAACAAAGUGUGUUGAUAAACCCCCACUUCCAUCCAAACCGGUUGUUUUACCUAAACCAGUCAUUUUACCAAAACCAGAUACACCUAUGCAGUUUGGGGACUCAGACAAGGUUCCUCAGGCUGUUAAAACUGAGGGAGCUGGAAGCUUGUUUACAAAACCAGAUACUGAAGAUAAACCAGAUAAAAUGGAAAAGGAAGCAUCAAAGAAAGAAGAAACAAAAGAACAGAUUAAGAAGCAAAAUUCUGGUGUGAUCCUUGGGAUCACUUGUGGACAGUUUGACAUUCCAAAUGCUCAGAUGUUGCGUACCUGCUCUGAACCAGAUCUUGCCAAAUUGACACGUACAGCAGAUUGUAAGGAUAUGGUCAAAAGAACCAGAAAACAUAGUCUAGACUUAGAAAAAUUAAAGACAGAGGAGGAGGAGUUAGUGAAAUGUCUGCUUGCCAAUGUCAGUUUGGAGGAGGACAGUGAGGACAAGACUCCUGAUCAGCCAGUCAGUCCCCUCAAGCUGGAGGACCAGUCUCCUCAGAAGGAAGAAAAUGGCAAUGAGGAUGAGGACAACAGCAUUGAGGAUGGUGAUGAUGAAGAUGAUGAGGACUUGAUGAGUGUCAGAGAGACCAUGCAAAGUUUGCUCCUCAGAGAGUACAGUACAGAUGAAGAGAAGAGGGCAUCAGCUACACUGAAUCUGACAGAAAGCAAUGAGGAUGACAUCAGAGAAUCCGGAGAAGAGGACAAUGACAAUCAAGAUGAUGGAGAUGAGGAAAAGGAUAAGUCAGGAGAGGAAGAGGAGGGAGAUAAUGAGGAGAAGGAGGAGGACGAAAAAGAGGAGGAGGAGGAGGACCAGUCAGGAAAUAAUGAUGAUCUGUUCCAGUCAGAUGAGAGUGAUCGUGACACACAGUUUGGGGAUGAUGAGGAUGAUUUUGAUUUGUUUAGCCGACUAGAAGAAUCACGAGCAGAACUGGAAUCCGAGUUAGGAUGUGAAAAAUUCCUCAAAGUCUAUAAGACAGUACAGGCCCUUCAGGAGGAUGAGGAUGAGAACAUAGAGGAGGGGGCCAAAUUGGUCACGAAAAUCCUGGGUAAAGACAAGGAGCAUCUCUAUCCCAAAGUAUUCCAGCUGGUCAUAGCAGAUGCUGCCUUUACUGAAGAUAACUAAUGCGAUAGCUAGACCUCUUGAACCCCUGCUUCUAUGUGGUUAGAAGAUGAAAGACUGAAUGCAAGAUGAAAACUUUAUAUAUUUUGAAUGUUUAUUACAAGUGUGAUGUCAUAUUGACAUUUAUCUAUUGCCAUGGCCCCAAAAAAAGUCUUGAGAAAGGGUUUUGUCACAAAAUCUUUCUAAUGACUGGUUGGGAAAUAUUAAUGUAAAUUCAUUUUUCAUGCAAACAAAUCAUCUUUAAACAUGACGAACACACAGAAAAGAAAAAAGGAUUAUGGUAAUUUUGACAAAAGAGGUACAUGUUUUUGAAAAUCAAAUCUGCUAUAAAUUAAAUUCUGAAGAUCAUAAGAAAUAAUAUGAAAAUAAUGAUAAAUUGCAUCAAUGUUACAGAAUUUUUUUUUAAAGAUAAAACAGGUUUACAACAUAAAAGAACAUUCCUCUCUGUUUUAAAAAAUUGUUACAAUGAAUAAGAUGUAUAGAUGUACAUGUAUACAAUGUAAGAAGGUCAGAGAUUCUCUCUAAAAAGUACUAUUUAUUUGAAAUGAAAGUCUACUAUUUUGUAUGUAUAUAUUUAUAAGUAACUCUAUAUAGAGAACAGUAGUGAUUCAAAAGUAUUAGAAUGAAAUGAUUGAAAACUUUUAGAUGAAAUGUUUUCAUUGGCUGUAUGUAUGUGAAUGAUAAAGACCUUUGAAGACUUAUGACCCAGCUUAAAGUGCAAUGUUAUGUUGUAACAGUAGCUACUAAAUCUGUAUUUAUAUACCGUUAUAUGGAAUUGUACAUGUACUGUAAAUUUGAAAAACACAAAUAGGUUUUAUCUCGCCAUAUAAUGAUGUUUUUUUCCCUGAUUAUCUGUAAGUACCAGAUUUUCCAGAUUUACAGAUUGUCACAUGUUAUUAACAAUGUAUUGCAAAGUUGCACAUUUGAUGUUUUUUCAAGGGUUCAUUUAAUAUAAACCUGUAAAUUUCUACAUUUAUAGUAUGUGUACAUUUGCAUAAAGGGUUGUUUUUCCAGAGUAGAGUUUGUCCUAAGUAUUAUUUUUUGUCUAUAUUAU